CAGGUGCUGGAGGAGAAGCAGACCGCGGAGAGGGACCAGACCGCCUUGGCCGCCAGACGACAGGCCGUGGUACGAGAGCUAGUGGAGACAGAGGAGGAGUUUGGGCGUGACAUGCAGCAGGUGGUGUCCCGCUACAUGAAGCCCAUCGACAAGGCCAGCACCCCCAAGCUGGUGUUCGACAACCGAGAGCUUCUGUUCUCUAACUUCAGACAGAUCUGCGAGUUCCAUAAUACGGUACUGCUAGAAGGCAUAAAAUACUAUGCCAGUGAACCGAAGAUGCUUGGAAGGGCAUUGCUACGAAUGGAGCGUGAGUUCGACAAGCACGUCGCGUACUGCCGCGACGAGCCCAGGUCACAGCACCUGCUCGCCACCGAACCUGUCGUCAACAAAUACUUCCAGGAUUUAGCAGACAAGCUUCGUGACGACAAGGGUAUUGCUGAACAUUUGAAACUACCGAUACAAAGAAUCAACGAUUACCAACUUCUGCUAAAGGAACUAGUCAAAUACUCCAAACGGCUUGGCGAAGACUGCACCGACCUUCAGAAGGCAUUGGAACUUUUCCUAAGCGUUCCGAACCGCGCUACAGACAACAAGUUCAUCGCGAGCAUCGAGGGUUUCAGAGGGAACAUCUACAAGCUUGGCCGUCUCCUCACCCACGACUGGUUCACAGUCACCGACUCCGAAGGGAAGUCCAGCGAGAGAUACCUGUUCCUAUUCAAAGCCAGGAUCCUCAUCUGUAAAGUCAAGAGGGUGUCUGAUGACCGUUCUGUCUUCGUUCUCAAAGAUAUCAUAAAGUUACCAGAAAUCGAAGUCAAAGAAAACCCGGGAGAACCGUUAAAGUUCGAACUUUGUCACAAAGUUCCACCUGUUAGCUUCACACUUGCCGCCCACAAGGAGCAAACAAAGACCAACUGGCUUUCUGAAAUCAGAAAACACGCCAGUGACGUCGUUGCUUUAGCUGAACACGCAGCGGAUGACCUCCAAUUAGAACCACCACCAGAAGCUAUCUCAGCAGAGGUUGAGGAAAAGAAAAAGAAAAGAGAGCACACAGAAGUUGCGCAAGCAGAAGCUGUUCAAGAAACUAAGGAAAAACGCUCCCGCGUUGAAGAAGUUAAAACUACUGAGGAAUCGCAACUUAAAAGUAAAAGGAAAGCUUCAACUGAAAGUGAGGUUGCGCAUAAAAUAUCCAAGUCAGAAGUAACUGAACUUUCUUCAGUAAGCGAGGCGCAAGCAUCUACCAAAGUUAGCUCAGUCAGCGCUACUUCUGUAAAAGUUGAAAGCUCAAAAGUCACAGAGCAUACUGCAUCCGCUUCACAGUCGGAACAAAAUAGCCAAGUCACUGUGACAGCGGCAGCAUCAGAGGUCAAAGUUGCACAAGAGACAUCUGUGCAGUCAGAAAAAACAUCUGUUCAAAGUUUAGCUGUCGAGCAAUCGUCAUAUAAAGCUGAACAAGCUACUGCUCAAAAGACAGUAACUCAACAGUCUGCAGUACAAUCAUCUGUAGCUUCAUCUGAAGUUCAAACAGCAUCUACCACUCAAAAGUCAGCGACUCAAGAAUCUAAAACACAAGAAUCAAUACAAGCUACAUCGGUUGAACAACAGUCUUCGUCUGUGGAAGAAUCGACUAAGCUAGCGACAGCUACAGAGCUUAAGACUCAAACAUCUGUUAAAGAAACAGUAACAGAACAGAAAUCAGCCGAAACAGUUUCAAAAUCAUCUGUUGUUCAAGAAACAACAACUGAAGUUAAGGAAGCUUCUGUUGUCUCAUCUCAACAGACUACUGAUGUCCAAAAAGUAGAAGAAAGUACAGUAGAAAAGACAAGUGGCGCAGAGACUAAAACUCAAGUUUCUGGUAACGGUCAAACUGUAACCGCAGAAGGAGCUGUUGAAGACGAGAUGUCUAGGUACAGCCGCAGUUCGCGGCUCUCUGGAGAAUACUCCAGUAGCAGCCGAAAAUUAUCAAGUGGAGGUCGCUAUGAAUCAUCGUCGACCUACGAAGGUAGCGGACUAACAUCAUCUUAUUCACGCCGUGAAAGCGGCGCGCGUUUGGAAUCCUCCAAGUAUGAGUCGGGAGGAGCCCUUGAGGGAACUGCCUCCUCUCGCUAUGAAUCUAAAUAUUCAUCUAGAACUGAAGGAGGAUCCAAAUACGGAAUUGAGUCUAGCUACGAAAGCAAAUCGGAAGCCGGCUCUAAGUAUGGAAUCGAAUACGAUUCCGCGAGCAAGAUUGAUAGCAUAGCAUCCAAAUAUGGAAUAGAAGCUAACGCUGAGAGCAAAACCGAAAAGUCUAGCUACGCCAUCGAGGGAGACUCCGCCAGCAAAAUUGAUUCCAUCGCGUCGAAGUACGGAUUGGAGUCCAAAUAUGAAAGUAAAGUAGAAAGCUCUGCUUAUGGAACUGAAUCUGACACAACAAGCAAAAUUGAUAGCAUUGCUUCAAAGUAUGCGUCGAAGAGGUUCAGCAUUGAGGCUAGUGCUGAUGGCGAUAAGGUCGAAGGUGUUACAUCCACAACCGAGAGUAGCUACGAGGCUGUCAAGAACGGCGGCUCCACAUAUGAGAGUAGGCGCUCGAAGAAAGCUAUCGCCAACGGCUCAGUCAGCACUGGCUAUGAAGCUACUAAGACAGUGUCUAAAUCUGAAUCUCAAGAUGGAAAACCAAUGUUCACGAAGACCUUAGAAGGCCAGAAUAUUGAGCUGACUCCUGAAGAGCGCAAGGAGAGGAACGCUCUCAAAGCUCCGUACUUCCUCGUGGCCUUGAAGGACACCGAGAUUAUGGAGAACACAUACCUGAGGUUCAUGGUCAACAUCAAGGGUGACCCCAACCCUGAUGUCAAGUUCUAUCGCGACGAGAAAGAGAUCAUCACAACUUCGGAGUCGGAACGCGUGUCCAUCAUCCGCACUCGCGCCGAGCGCGGCUGCUACGAGCUCGUCAUCGCUGAUGUCCAGCCCUCCGACGCCGGCAAGUACUCCUGCAAGGCCAUCAACAUCUACGGAGAGGUCACCUCAGAGGCCACCGUCACCGUCGUCGAUGACAAGAACAUCUUUGGUGAGCUGCCCCCUGGCGGGGAAGGCUUACUGGCUAAAGGAGAGAAAGCGACGUUUACAUGGAAGAGAGAUGGACAGAACUUCGACCCCGAAGAGAGAUUCAAGGUGCUGCUGGGUGACGAUGAGGACUCCCUGGCGCUUGUGUUCCAGCACGUGAAGCCCGAGGACGCCGGCAUCUACACCUGCGUCGCCAAGACCAGUACCGGGAACAUCUCCUGCUCUGCAGAGCUUACCGUACAAGGUGCGGUCCACGAGCUGCACCGCGAGCCCGAGAAGCCGUCCCUCAUCAUCGAGCACCGCGAGGCCAUCGUGUCGGCCGGCGCCUCCGCCAUGCUGGAGCUGCAGUGCAAGGGCUUCCCCAAACCCAACAUCGUGUUCAAGCACAACGGCAAGGACGUGGAGGCUGACACCAGGCACAAGUUCUUGUACGAGGACGAGGAGAGCAUGUCUCUGGUCAUCAAGAACGUGUCACAGGCGGACGCGGGCGCGUACGAGGUGACCGCCAGCAACGAGCUCGGCGAGGACACCACCACCAUGCACCUCGUCGUCAAAGCCGCGCCCAAGAUCAAGAAGAAGGUCGAGAACCAGACCUGCAUGGUGAGCGCCACCCACACGGUGACGGUCGAGAUUGAGGGCACGCCGGCCCCCGACGUCAGCUUCUACAAGGACGGCGCUGAGAUCAAGAGCUCCGAGAGGAUCCUCAUCGUCAAGGAGUCCGACGAGGUCUACAAGAUCACCAUCAAGGACGCCAAGCUCACCGACACCGGAUCUUACUCCGUCGUCGCUAAGAACGAAAUCAACCAGUGCUCGGACUUCUGGCAGUGGCACGUGACGUCACCGCCCAGGGUCAUCAAGAAGAUGGGCGAGAAGAAGGUGUGCGAGGAGAAGGAAACUGUUACCCUCAAAGUGGAGACCGAGUCUGACCCAGCACCGACUGUAAAAUGGUUCAAGAACAAGGUAGAGCUGUCUGAGUCGUCCACCGUGAAGAUCUCGUCAGUGGGCGAGGCUCACUCACUCGUCAUCACGUCCGCUGCCCGCAGCGACGCUGGAGAAUACUCCUGCGAGAUCCGCAACAGUCACGGCAGCACGUCGGACUCGUGCGCGCUGCACGUGCGCUCGGGGCCGCAGUUCACGCAGCGCCUGCGGGACCUCUCCGCCAGCGAGGGCGACGUCAACGUAGAGUUCACUGUCGCCGUCGAGGCCUACCCUGAACCCACCAUCAAAUGGUACCUCGGCGACGUAGAAAUAACGGAGAAGAAGUCAGUGUUCACCCGCGUGGACAGCGGCAACACACACAAGCUGAUCCUCAAGGAGGUGUCAGCGGAGUACUCCGGGAACUACACCUGCAAGGUCUCCAACGAACUCGGCGCCGACUCCUGCCAGGCCACCUUUACCGUCAACAGAAAGCCUCGUUUCACCAAGAGCUUGAUCGACAUGACGGUGGAUGCCGGCCAGACGCUGAAGCUUGACGUGGAAGUCGAAGGAUGCCCAGAACCUAAGGUCAAGUGGUACAAGGACGGCAAGGAGGUCACCACUGACGCUAGAAUCAAGAUAGAGAGAGACAGUAAAAGAUUGGAGAACUACCACCUCACCGUGACAUUGGUAAAGGAGGAAGAUGGCGGCGAGUACGAAGUGAGAGCCGAAAACGAAAUGGGUAGUGUCUCUUCUAAGAGCACGGUCACUGUACACACACAAGAAAUACAUUCGAGAUUGACUAAAGAAGCCAUAGUUGAAAGUGAGGUCGACGACGAAGGUAAAAAGAAAAAACAAUCAAUAGAAGAUGACGUGGACAAGGGUGAGAAGAAAUCUGCAAAGGUAGCUAAAGCAGAGGCGAUAGAAGAAAAAUCUAUAUGGGAUGACGAGGAUGAUGGUAAAGCUAAAAAAGCAAAGGUCGACGACAACGAGCAGCCAGCUGCUACUGCAGCAAAACAAUCUGUGACGGAACCUGAGGUCGCCGAAGAAAGGUCUGUCUGGGAUGAUACCGAAGAAGAUAAGAAACCCAAAACUGCAAAUGUUGAAGAACCUAAAACUAAGCCUAGUAAAGGAAGAAAAUCAAUUACUGAAUCAGAAGUGAUCGAAGAAAAAUCUAUUUGGGAUGAUGUCGAUGAUGGAAAAUCUAAACAACCAAUCGUUGAAGAACCCGAAACCCCAGUAAGUAGAAAGGCUAAAAAGUCAGUUUCCGAACCGGAAAUAGCAGAGGAAAAAUCAUUUUGGGACAACGAGGACGACCAAAAGCCCAGUAAACCUAUCAUAGAAGAAAUCGAUUCACCCGACGCAGCAAAAAAAACUUUCUCUGAACCAGAGUCGGUCGAUGAAAAGUCAUUUUGGGAUGAAAAUCACAAUGAACAAAACCAAAAACCAAUAGUUGAGGAACGUAUUACUAAAAAAAAAGUAGGAGAAAAAGGAAGCACUAAACCUGAAAUCAUUGAAGAGGUGCCUAUAGCUGAAGACCUGAAAUCAUCCAAGCGUAAAUCGGUUAAAAAACAAUCCGUCGAAGAACCGUUAAGUGCUGAAACUGAAGGCCGAGUUUUCGAAACAGUAACCACGUUCAAGACAGGCGAGGGCGGAUCGAUCAUUAUGUCUAAAGUCAGCAGCACUAGGUCUCACGGUGCUAUCAUCACAGGUCCGGCUGAAACGCACACUGUACACAAAAUGACGUCAACGUCAGUUUAUUAUGAGGAUGAUGAUUUUUAUGGAAACAGAAGGUUAAUACAACCCAACAAGCCUCAUACUACUUCUUUGGAAGUUGAAGAAAUAGCUAGUCACAGUUACUUCCUAACUGAACUGGGACAUUAUAGCAUUCCUGAUCAUAUCAGGAGGGGUACUUACGGAAUCAUUGAAGAACCACAAACAGACUCAGAGGCUGAAAUGGGCUCUAAAUGCGGCAGGCAGGGAGCCAAUCGAACUGUUUCCAUUAUGUCAGUCUCAGAAGACGAGAUGAGCUGGCAAAACGAAUCACUCUCUAGAGAAAUAUCAAUUGAAGACCUUUCAAAAUCGAUAUUCGACAUUGACGAAACAAGAAAAGUAUUCAGUAAAGACUCAUACGUCCGUCAGUCGUCUUUCAAAGAAGAUUAUUUCUUGGGAGAAGAGGAUGAAGAAUCUCUUAUUGUUAAAGAGAAAUCGCAAAAGGUCUACGAAAACGAUAUCACAGAAAAACUCAUACACAUAUCGAAGGAAUUCGACGAAAACGACUUCAAAUCCGUCGACAAUAAGAUAGAUAAUGUUAAAAAUAGAAUUUUAGAGGAAUUUGUGUUAGGUCCCAUGAAAAACUUUGAUAACAUUACUAAAGAUGUAACGGAAACGACGGUUGAAAGGAAAAGAAAAUCUGAUGGGAAAUUGUUUAGUUUAGAGGAAGAGGCCGAUGACCAGCUUGAAGCGCUUUUAAAACGAAGCCAGAGACAAAGGAGCAUUCUUGAUGAUAUUCUAAAUGUCGAAGAGGAAAAAGCACAACCGACGACCAAAGGCAGCACCAUGAAGGACGGCCACGCGUACGAGUCGCUCCCACUGGUCUACACCGUGGAGGUGGCUGGUACUCCGAAGCCCACUGUCCGCUGGCUCCACGAUGGCAAGGAGGUCAAGCCCUGCGGAAGGGUCCACAUUACCAACGAUGGAGAUCUCUUCAAAUUGGAAAUUGAUAGCGUGAUGAUGAAGGACGCUGGUAACUGGCAGUGCGAGAUCAGUAAUAAUCUCGGAAAAGAGGUUAUCAAGGCAGAACUUACCGUAUCACCUGAGGCCGAUCUUCGCAAGCCCAAGUUCACGACUCCUCUGGAGGCUCAACGCGUGAUGCAGUGCGAGCCGGUCACCCUGAAGGCAGUGUGCACGGCCGACCCGCAGCCGCACGUGUCCUGGCUGCUGAACGGAGUCGAACUCACGCCCAGCGCCAACAUCGUCACCUCUGCUGAUGCCAAGGAUAUCGACCACGGACUCAAGGAGUGCACGUUCACCUUGGAGAUUCCCACUGGUCGCCACACCGACACCGGCGAGUACACCAUCCAAGCCAAGAACAAGUAUGGCGUUGGCGAAAGCUCCGCCCGCUUGGACAUCUUACUGCGGCCUGAGAUCGAAGGUCUCAAGGAUGUCACCGCGGUGCCCUUCGAAGAGACCACUUUCAUCGCCAAUGUUAGGGCCAACCCUAUCGCUGAAGUAAAAUGGAGCAAAGACGGCUACGCGAUCCAGCCUUCAUCCCGCUACGAUAUCAUCGAGGAUCUGCCGAACGAGACCUACCAGCUGGUGGUGAAGAAGGUCGGCGUAGAGGACGCCGGCGUCUACACGCUCACCGCCAAGAACGAAGUCGGCGAGACCGCGCAGCAGGCCAAGCUUAGCGUGCACACUGGAUCACCAGUAUUCACAAAGCCUCUCCAGAAGCAGUCCGUGAGGGACUACGACGACUGCACGCUGAAGGUGCGCUGCGACGGCGUACCGAAGCCCGACGUGCUGUGGUACCGCGACGGAGAGGAGAUCAGCAAUGAUGAGCGGCAUACCGUGACCACGGAGGUCGGGGGGCAGGUGGACAGCGAGCUCGAGAUCAAGCACUUCAAUGCUAGUGACGCUGGCAAGUACAAGGUUCGUGCCGUGAGCUUGGCUGGCGAGGCAGUGUGCGAAGCACCCAUCACCCUGGAGCAGAAGUCACCAGGGUUCGCGCAUAAGCUGGAGCGACAGAAGGAUGUCGACGAGGGAGAACCUCUUGAGCUCAAGGCUAAGCUUGAUGGUAGCCCUAUUCCUACCGCUAAAUGGUACAAAGACGGGGCCCCGCUGUCCCCGGAGGACUCCCGCCUGCAGCAGUCCGCGCUCCCGGACGGCACGGUGAAGCUGUGCAUCGAGCGCGUGACGCCCGCCGACUGCGGCGCCUACAAGCUCGUCAUCUCCAACCCGCACGGAGAGAACUCCGCGCUCUGCGCAGUCGCUGUUAACCCAACACCUAGGAAGCCAUCCUUCAGCCAGGAGCUGGAAGACGUGAAGGCAGUCGUGGGCCAGCCUCUCAAGCUGGAGGCCAGACUGAUGGCCUUCCCAGCGCCUGAGAUCAAGUGGUUCAAAGAUGGUCUUCCCAUCCGUCCAUCUCAAGCCAUCAACUUCAUCAACCAGCCGGGCGGCGUGAUCGGGCUUAGCAUUGACAGCUGCAAGCCUGAGGACGCCGGAGUCUACUCGCUCACCGUCACCAAUAGGCUCGGAGAGGCUGGUUCCAAGGCUAAGGUCGAGGUUACGCAGAAGGAACGCAAGCCAGCGUUCAUUGCUGAACUUCAACCCACUAAGGUCAUCGAAGGGUUCCCUGUUAAGCUUGAAGUUAAGAUCCUCGGACACCCACAGCCUAAAAUUAAGUGGACCCACAACGGCAAGGAGAUCGUCCCGGACGGGCAGCGUGUCCGCGUGGUGUCGCAGCCGGACGGCUCGCACGCGCUGCUCAUCGACAAGGCGGGGCCCGCCGACGCCGGACAGUACGGCGUCGUGGCCGCCAACGAUAAGGGAGAGAGCUCCAGCAAUGCUGACCUCACUGUUGCCAGCCGCACGGACGACUCCACCCCGCAGGAGCGGCCCCGCCUCAUCCACGGGCUGCGCGACCUCACGGCGGAGGAGGGCCAGCCGCUCUCCGUGUCCGCGCCCUUCGUGGGCAACCCCGUGCCAGAGGUCACCUGGACCAAGGACGGAGUGCCGCUCAGGCCCAGCGAGAAGAUCCUGCUCACUUGCGAUGGAAAGAGGGUUGGUUUGGAAAUCAAUCCAUUGGAGCUCCCUGAUGCUGGAGUGUACGGCGUCAAGCUAGUGAACCCUCUCGGAGAGGACUCAUCAGAAGGCACAAUCAACGUUCGCAAGGUGUUCCAGCCGCCAACGUUCUCACAGAAGUUCACCGACUUACAACAGCUCCCAACAUUCGAUGCGAAAUUCCCGGCUCGAGUGUUCGGCAUCCCGUUCCCGGACAUCACGUGGUACAAGAACGGCUCCCCGCUGCGCCACAGCGACAAGUACAACCUGAAGCGCGACGGCGACGCCUGCUGUCUGUACGUGCGGGACCUGGUCCCUGACGACGCGGGGGUCUACAAGUGUGUGGCCCGGAACAAGGAGGGGGAGGCCAGCUGCGAGGCCAAGCUCGAGGUCGUUGAUAAGAUCGCCCGCAAGCAGAAGGUGGAGCCGCCGUCGUUCCUGAAGAAGAUCGGUGACAUCGAGGUGUUCCGCGGCAUGAGCGCGAAGUUCACCGCCUGCGCUACCGGCUCGCCCGAGCCUGAUGUUGAGUGGUUCCGUAACGACGAGCGCCUGUUCCCGUGCGAGAGGAUCCGCAUGGACAAGGAGACGACCGGCCUGCUGCGGCUCACCAUCAGCGGCGUGGACCCCACCGACGUGGGCGCCUACCGCUGCCGCAUCUACAACCCGCACGGCGAGGACUCCUGCACCGCGCAACUCACUUACGACACCCUGGAGAUUCAGUCCUCCAAGCGUCCGAUCGGCGACCAGUACUCAGACUUCGACAAGAUGAAGAAGACUGGUAUCCCGAUGCCUCUUGCCGAUAGGCCCAUUAUCAGCCGCAUGGCUGACAGGCAUCUGACUCUGUCUUGGAAACCGUCCAUCCCGCAUGGACCCAGGUUCCCUGUCACUUAUCAGGUGGAAAUGUGCGAGGUACCGGAUGGUGACUGGUUCACAGCGCGCACUGGACUCCGCUCCUGCGUGUGCGAUAUCCGCAAUUUGGAACCAUUCCGCGACUACAAGUUCCGCAUCCGCGUCGAGAACAAAUACGGAGUCAGUGAUCCUUCGCCCUUCGCCAUCACUCACAGAUCCAAACUGGAGCCUGAUCCUCCCAAGUUCAUUCCUUACCUUGAGCCUGGCAUCGACUUCAGGCCAGAGACCUCUCCUUACUUCCCGAGGGACUUCGACAUCGAGCGUCCUCCUCACGAUGGCUAUGCCCAAGCUCCGCGCUUCCUCCGUCAAGAGCAUGACUCCCAGUACGGCGUGAAGGGACACAACGUCAACCUGUUCUGGUUCGUUUACGGCUACCCUAAGCCGAAGAUGACCUACUUCUUCAACGAUGAGCCCAUUGACAUCGGAGGCAGAUACGACUGGAGUUACACCAGGAAUGGACAGGCUACACUGUUUAUCAACAAGAUGCUGGAGCGCGACGCUGGCUGGUACGAGGCCGUGGCCACCAACGAGCACGGCCAGUCCCGGCAGCGCGUGCGGCUGGAGGUGGCGGAGUACCCCACCUUCAUCCGCCGCCCCGAGGAGGCCGUCGUGCUGCAGAGGAAGACUGUGCGCAUCGAGGCCAGGGUGGCCGGAGUGCCCUACCCCGACAUCAAGUGGUACAAGGACUGGCAGCCGCUCGCACCUAGCUCCAGGACUAAGAUCCAGUUUAUCGAGCCCGACACCUGUAUCUUGGUAAUCCACGACGCUAUCCUGAAGGAUGAAGGUCUGUACUCCAUCUCAGCUCGCAACGUCGCCGGCUCUGUCAGCUCUUCCGCCAUGUUACAUGUUGAAGAGUCGGAACAUGAGUAUUCGGACAGGAUCCGCGAGCAUCCACCACGUGUCAAGCCAAGCACGAAGCCGUUCGGUGACUUCUACGACAUCGGUGACGAGCUCGGCAGAGGAGUACAGGGAGUCGUGUACCACGCCGCCGAGAGGCUCACAGGUCGCAACUACGCCGCAAAGAUCAUGCACGGCCACUCCGCUCUGAAACCCUUCAUGAAGAACGAGCUGGACAUCAUGAACCUGCUGAAUGACCGCCACCUCAUCCGCCUGUACGAUGCUUACGAGCACGAGCACACACUGGCUCUGGUGUUGGAACUGGCAGGAGGCGGCGAACUGGUGAGGGACCGUCUGCUGAGGAGCCAGGGAUACACCGAGAGGGAGAUCGCUGGGUACAUCCGACAGGUGCUCAGGGGAGUCAAGUACAUGCACGAUAACAGUGUCGCGCAUUUGGGAUUGACGAUUGGAGAGCUGCUACUAUCCCACGCCGGCAGUGACGAACUGAAGCUGUGUGACUUCGGUCUCUCGCGCCGCAUCCAGUUCGGCAAGCACGCGUCCCUCGACUACGGCAUGCCUGAAUACGUCGCUCCCGAAGUAGCCAGCGGAGAAGGAGUGUCCUUCGGAGCUGAUAUGUGGAGCAUCGGUAUCAUCACGUACAUCCUGCUCAGCGGUCACUCACCCUUCCGCGGAGUAAACGACAGGGAAACCCUCACCAGGAUCCGUGAAGGAACCUGGGACUGGCACGACGAGGAGUGGUGGUCCAGGCUCAGCAAGGAGAGCCGAGACUUCAUCUCGAAGCUCUUGAUCUUCAACUGGCACGAGCGUAUGGAUGUGAACACUGCUCUCUCUCACCCCUGGUUGGGUCUGGCCGACAAGAUCUACCAGGAGGAGUACCAGAUCACCACCGACAGGCUGAGGAACUACUACAACUUGUAUAGGGACUGGACGAGCAAUGCACAAUGCCGCAACUGGUUCCGUCGCCGGCCGCUCAGCGGUGCCUACGAGCAUCCCUCCAAGAUGGUGUACCCGCCUGGAGAAACAUACACGCCUGAAGCCACUCCAGAGCCGCAGCCUCGCACCCGUGAACCUAAUGAGCAGGAGAUCAACUUCAAGCAAUGGGACCACCCCGACUGGGAGGUGUCUGCCAAGUCUGAGAGCCACUACCAGAACGGCCCCGACACGUACCUGCUGCAGCUGCGCGACACGCAGUUCCCCGUGCGCCUGCGCGAGUACAUGAAGGUGGCCUGUAACCGCUCGCCCGGCUACAGCCUCAACGUCUUCGAUUCUUAUGACCCUAGGACACCAAUCAUUCACGAGCGUCGUCGCUUUACCGACAUCAUGGAUGAAGAAAUUGACGAUGAACGUCGGGACAGAAUCAACAACUACGGCACCGAGACCUACACCAUCAGACGCCUGCGCCACGAGCUGGGCACUCGCCUCGACUCUUACGCAGAAGCACAGGCUUUGAUGGAAUCCAAGAAAGAUGGACAGCUGCCAUUCUUCAGGGAAAAGCCUCAACUCCUUCCCAUCAGGGAAGGCGAACAAGCUCAGCUGUCUUGCUAUGCGGUCGGUGACCCCAAACCUGCCAUCACGUGGUUCAAGAACGAUAUGGUCAUCGCUGAAGGUCAACGUAUCACGAUCGUUGAAGACGAAGACGGCAGGUCCACACUUAAAUUCAACCCUGCUAAGCAUCACGAUAUCGGGUUCUACAAGGUAGUCGCCAGAAACAAAGUCGGACAGACCGUAGCGAGAACGAGGGUCGUCGAAGCUACAACACCCGACGCUCCGGACAGCCCCACAGCUACUGACAUCUCUGACACCGAAGUACUUCUCAGGUGGAAACAGCCGAAAUACGACGGAAACUCACCUGUCGUAUGCUACAGUCUCCAGUACAAGGCUGGUGACAGCGUGGAGUGGAAAGACGCCGCAAACAACAUUGACCACGAAUUCUUCGUCGUACGUGGCCUCUCCCCUGACACCAGCUACCAGUUCAGAUUGGCAUCGCGCAACAGGAUCGGAUGGAGUGACAAGGGCAUCCCCACGCAUUUGGUAAAGACCAAGAAUUCUGGCGCAGCGAAAAUCGAAGUCACAAAAGCCAUGAGGCAUCUUCAGCAACUCACGGAGUCUGGACAGGAAGUCGCCAUUGACGAACAGAGACCCAAACUGGAUUACUCGAUAGAAGAGAAACCUAUUGAAUGGGCAUCUACUCAGCAGUUCACGGAACGCUACAGCUUCGUCUCCGAACUGUGGCGCGGAAAGUUCUCUAUUGUCGUUAAAGGCAUCGACAGAUCAAACGACAGCGUAGUUGUAUCAAAGAUUCUGGAAACCCGUCCCGAGACAGAGGUCCAAAUUCAAAGGGAAUUUGAAUGUUUAAGAAGGCUAAGGCACGAGAGGAUAUCGAACUUGUUAGCAGCCUAUCAAGCACCUGGGUCACAGGUGUCCGCUUUGAUCUUAGAGAAGCUACAGGGCGCUGAUAUCCUCACCUACCUGGCGAGCCGACACGACUACACAGAGCAGAUGGUCGCCACCAUCGUCACUCAAAUGUUAGACGGUCUGCAGUACCUGCACUGGAGAGGCUACUGCCACCUGGACCUGCAACCCGACAACGUAGUGAUGGCAUCAGUCAGGUCCAUCCAAGUUAAGCUCAUUGACUUCGGCUCAGCACACAAAGUAACGAAACUAGGUACCAGUGUGCCGCAAGUAGGAGAUUUGGAAUACAAAGCACCGGAAAUCAUCAACGAUGAGCCCGCGUUCCCUCAGACAGACAUCUGGUCGGUCGGCGUGCUCACCUACAUCAUGCUCUCGGGAGUGUCGCCAUUCAAGGGUGAAGACGACGCGGAGACCAAGCAAAAUAUUUCCUUCGUCCGGUUCAGGUUUGAACAUCUCUACAAGGAAAUUACACAGGAAGCGACAAGGUUCCUGAUGUUCCUGUUCAAGAAAGUCCCGCUGAAGAGACCGCUGGCUGAGGAGUGCUACGACCACCGGUGGCUCACACAGAGCGACUUCAUGAACAAGAAGAGGGAGAGGGCCGUCUUCCUUGGCAACAGACUGAAGGACUUCUCAGAGAAGUAUCACGAGAAGAAGGCCCGCGAGGCGUCGCAGGCGGACAGCGUGGCGGCCGCCUUCGGCAACUUCGGCGCGCGCCAGCUCGCGCGCUCCAACAGCAUCCAGGACGAGCUGCUCACCACCUUCGCUAGCCACUGAACACAACCACACUUGGAAAAACACACCUCAGACAACCCAUUUAGGGACGAAUAUGCAAUGCAUGACAAACGAGAUUUAGGUCUAUGCAGAUUUAGAAAUAUAGUCGAUUAAAUUCUCAUAACUGCGGACGAAUUAAAAUUAAAGUUAUAUCGAAUCUCGAUAAAGAAAUCUAGAGGUAUUUUAACAAAUUGCAAUAAUUAACUUCAGUUUAGCCAACUUAAAAUCUUAUAAACCUACUAAUGGUUAAGUUUAAGCCCCAUAGAUUUUUUACGAGAAAUUUAUAAAAUUUAUAGAUUGGGCUUCGACUUGACUCGGUGGUUUAAUAUUUCCAAUUCCCAUACAUUUGUAGGACACAAUAAGACACAAUUCCAAGUGUGUGUACACGUCAUUUUUCACGUUACAUCAUGUACAUUGUAUCAUCCAAACGAAAAUCUAGUCAUAAUGGGAAAAAAUGUUACGACGGUUUUGUUAUUGUUAAGCUAUUUAUUGUAUACAAAUUUUUACUAUUUAUUUAUUAUUUAUACUAAUUGGUAUAUUUGAUGCUCCAGUAUUAAUUGAACUUAAUAAAGAGCAUUGAUUUGAUAAA